GUCGGUGUCAGUUAUACUUCUCUACUUGCUGCAGUCGAACAUGAAGACAAUUAUAUUAUUUGUUGCCCUCGUUGGAUACGCUCAGGCACUCUCCUACUCCGAUGUACUGGAGGAGGAAUGGAAUCGUUUUCAACUCGAUUACACUAAGUUCUAUCAGACUGAGGAUGAAGCUUUGUUGCGCCGACUGAUUUUUGAAGACAACAAACGGAUGAUCGACAAUCACAACAGAAGAUUUAUGGCCGGAUUGGAGAGCUACGAAAUGGGCGUCAAUCAGUUCACGGAUUUACUACCUAAGGAGUUCCAGAGUCUAAUGCUAAGUUCACUCAACAUUACGGAGGCAGAAGGUCUCAUCGACUUUAGAUACUCUGCUCCGAGAGACGUAGAUCCGCCGAGCAGCAUCGAUUGGCGAACCAAGGGCGCAGUAACGCCAGUGAAGAAUCAGGGAGAUUGUGGAUCAUGCUGGGCAUUCGCGACAACGGGCACGCUGGAGGGUCAGACCUUUGUGAAGACAGGUCGGUUGGUCUCGCUUUCUGAACAGAAUCUGGUGGACUGCUCGAAUGAUCCCCCAUACAACAAUGGAGGCUGUGACGGUGGCUUGACAUUGAGUUCCCUGAAGUAUAUAAUGGACAAUGGUGGCAUCGAUACGGAGUCGUCAUAUCCCUACAAGGGCAUUAAGCAGGCAUGUCAAUACAAUGGUCGCAACAUUGGGGCAACUGUUCAAGGUUUCGUCAUGGUAAAUGACAAAAGUGAAAAGUAUGUUGCUGCUGCAACGGCAUUCUAUGGUCCCGUUUCAGUAGGUGUUGACAGCAGAGGCAUGCAGAGUUAUAAAGGCGGAGUUUACAAUAAUCUCAAAUGUUCAGAAACAAAAUUGGAUCAUGCUAUGGUUGUUGUUGGCUAUGGCAACGAUAAAAGCGGUGGCGAUUACUGGCUGGUUAAGAAUUCCUGGGGCACAACUUGGGGUGAAAACGGUUACAUUCGUAUGUCUCGUAAUCGAAACAAUCAAUGUGGAAUUGCAACCAUAGCUGUCUUUCCGAUUGUGUGAAUUUAACCAGCUUUUAAACCUGCUAUCUAUAAGGUGUAAGGGUAUUAAAAAAUUGUUUGUAUGAAAACUUUAAAUAAAGAGUGUCAUUCGGCUUUCAGCUACAUAUUUGUUUGUUUUAAAUUGAGACUCUCAAACAAAUUGUUAUUAAAAUAAGGCAACCCUUUAGGGAGCCGAAAACAUCUAGGAUCUGUGAAUGUG